UAAACACAUUGCUUUCUAUUUUAAGAUCUUUCUAUCUCUCUCUCUCUCCAUGGCAUCUCAACACCUUCAAGCCAACCCUCAUGCUGAAGGAGAAUGGUCCACAGGCUUCUGUGAUUGCUUCUCUGAUUGCCAAAACUGUUGUAUCACAUGGUUGUGUCCAUGUAUUACAUUUGGCCAAGUUGCUGAUAUUGUAGACCGAGGAAACACCUCGUGUGGUACUGCUGGAGCACUAUAUGUGUUGCUAGCCGCAAUAACUGGUUGUGGAUGUCUCUACUCGUGUAUCUAUCGUGGAAAGAUCAGAGCUCAAUACAAUAUUAGAGGUGAUGGUUGUACUGAUUGCCUUAAACAUUUCUGCUGUGAGCUUUGUGCUUUGACACAAGAAUACCGUGAACUCAAGCACCGCGGUUUCGAUAUGAGUCUUGGAUGGGCGGGGAACGUGGAGAAGCAACAGAACCAAGGAGGUGUGGCGAUGGGUGCUCCAGCCUUCCAAGGCGGCAUGAGCCGCUAAGAUUUGCUUCUUUAUGUAAUUGAUCAUAUGUCAUAUAUGCGGUAAUAAAAAUGAGGUCUAAUCCUUUGUUUGUGUUGUAUAGUAUGUAUGCUAUUAUGCUUGUUGUGAAAGUUUGAAUAUGAGUGUUUCUUCAAUGUAUAUUCCACUGUACAGUUACAAGAAUGUAAUUACAAUGUCCAAGAAAGUGACACCAAAACAAAUUAAUCCAAGUUUUAGUUUUCC